AAUUUGCAUAAAUAGCCUGUUUGAUAUAAAGGAAACUUGGUGACGCCAGAAGGACCAGGAGAUAGCAAGUGAAACUGACAAUUUGAGACUCUCUCCUGCUAGUGAUUUAAAAGCUGGGACUGCACGCUGGGACUGGUUUAGAUUCAUGGCCUUUAGAAAGCUGGUCCAGCUAUCAUUUUCCCUCUGCUUCCUGCAAAGUGUAUUAGUAACCACUAGAGGGGAGGAGACUGCUGGUCCUCUCAACUACUACACCAUAGAGAUUGACGAGGGAGAGGACAUAGCCAGAGACGUGGCUAAAAGGAAUGGCUUAGAAUACAUCCUACCGGUUGGAAAUCUAAAAGGGUUCCACAUCUUGAAGUUACCAAGUGAACAAAUCAGGAGGAGAAUCUCAAAACGGAGCACAAAGCAGUUGCUGAAACGUCUUUCCCAGGAUCCCCAGGUCAAGUGGGUAGAACAGCAUUAUAUUCACGAUGUGGAAAAGCGAGACAAGCUUGUUUUACCCGAUUUCUCAUCACUUUUUGAAGACGGCAAUCCUGAUUCAGCUUUUGAAUUACUAGAGCGAGUGAAGAAAGAUGCUAUCCCUUCAGCAGUCUUCAAAGUAUUGGACUCAGAAAGUGAAAAAGGAAAUGCACUGCAGUUCAAUGACCCUUUGUGGUAUGCACAGUGGGAGUUGUUCAACACUGGCCAGACUGGUGGACCAAGGGGAUUUGACAUUAAUGUGAUGCCAGCUUGGAAGAAAAAUAUAACUGGCGCUGGAGUAGUUGUGACAAUCAUAGAUGAUGGUGUUGACCACAAAAACACAGAUCUGAAGAAAAAUUAUGAUCCUAAUGCCAGCUUUGAUUUCAAUGACCUCUUUGAUCCUCAACAUGAUCCAGUUCCAAAUAAUGCAGGUCACUUUAAUGGCCAUGGAACAAAAUGUGCUGGAGAAGUAGCAAUGGAAGCCAACAACAGCUUCUGUGGAGUUGGCAUUGCAUAUAAUGCAAACAUUGGAGGUAUUCGCAUCCUGGAUGGAAAAGUGACUGAUGCCUUAGAAGCUGCAGCCCUCACCUACAAGAACAACUAUAUAGAUAUCUACAGCUGCUGUUGGGGCCCCAGAGACAAUGGAAGGAAACUUGAUGGCCCCAGGAAACUAACAUCCAAAGCACUUAAGGAAGGAGCAGAAAAGGGUCGCAAUGGUAAAGGAAAUAUUUUUGUGUGGGCCUCGGGAAAUGGUGGCUUGGCCGAAGAUCAUUGCGGUGCUGAUGGAUAUGUGAAUAGUAUUUACACAGUGGCAGUUGGAGCUGUUAGUAACCUGGGUCUCAGUACCUUCUACUCAGAGGCUUGUUCAGGAGUUAUGGCAGUAGUUCCUACAGGAGGAUCAAGCAACGUACCUUUUAAUUUAAAUUUGGCCAAUGAACUAGAUUUGGUGACAACUGAACUUGAUAAUGAAUGCACCAAAACCUUCAAAGGUACUUCCAGUGCAGCUCCAAUGGCAGCUGGUGUAAUUGCAUUGGUCCUUCAGGCCAAUCCUGAUCUCACAUGGAGAGAUGUGCAGCACCUGAUUGUUCGAACCUCCAAAAUCUCUGACCCCCUGAGCAAAGACUGGAAGAUUAAUGGAGCAGGCUACCACAUUCACCACAAAUAUGGAUUUGGUUUGAUUGAUGCUGGGCGAAUGCUGAAGGAAGCUCUUAAGUGGAAACUCAUAGGUCCUCAAAGGCAGUGUGUGAAUAAUUAUGUUCUUCAAAACAAAAUAGCUAUUCCUACAAAAGGUUCUCUUACGCUGAGUCUGAAAACAAAUGCAUGCCAGGGAACAGAGAAUGCGAUUGACACACUCGAGCAUGUACAGGUGACUGUCAGCAUAUCAAGCAUCUGCCGUGGAGACCUUGCCAUUUAUCUCACCUCACCAUACGGUACCAAAUCUGAACUCCUGGGAGCCCGUGUUACUGAUAACAGCAAACUAGGACUGAAAAACUGGACAUUCAUGAGUGUCCACUCUUGGGGAGAGAACCCCAAAGGCGAGUGGAAUCUUAUUAUUAGCGAUCUCUACAAUUUGAUUGAAGGCUGCGGCAGAAACGAGAAAGACUUAACAUCAGGAAUGAUCAACAAAUUUAAGUUAACCUUGUGGGGAACCUACCAGGAUGAAAGACAAGAAAAUAAGAAAGAUGUCAGAAAUUUCCAGGAUGAAAAUGAUGAAGAAUUUAUAAAUCUCAGAGAUCUAAUGGAAGAAAACAAAAUUGACAGACGACUAGGUGAAGCAUUCUAUCAUGAAAAUAAGAGAAAGGUGGAAGAAGAUGAAAUUCCUUUCACCUGGUCAGAUCCACAGUCAUCUCAUGAUAGAAAUUUAUCCGCUCCAAGCUCUAACCUGGGAGAAAUUCUGCUAAAAUUCUGGAUGUCUUACCGCAGUGAUAACAUGAAAAUUAAUUCACAAAGAUCUUGGUUAGCUGGUAAAUAUGGUGGACAGCCGGAGGAUCUCAUUGAAGCUCAGUCUGAAUCUGAAAGAAGCAAUGUUCCAGCAGCAGAAGAGUAGAACAAGAAUUGAACAUCUUCAUUAAAAGUUUUCUCAAGUAACAGAAAAAGCCAAAAAUGGAAGAUGUGAACAAAACCUGUAAGGAAAGAAUUUAAGACAAGAAUAUUCAUAAUGACGCCAAAUAAUAGCUCUUUAAGUUGACAUUCUUUGGGGUGCUGCUCUUCCAAAAAAAAAUCAAAAUCAUAUUUCAUGAGGGGUGAAAAGUUGCCAGUUGCAUUGCUAAACUAAUGGUUUUAACCCUAUGAUAUUUGGGAAUAUGGAAAUCAAUCGAAAAGAAUAUCGAGAGGAAUGUAUAUUGCAUAAAACAAACUGCUGGAGGAAUUCAGUGGGUCAAGCAGCAUCUGUAGAGGCAGAGAGUUGGUUGACAAGACCCAAAACAUUGAUGAUCCCUUUGCUUCUGCAGAUGCUGCUUGACAUGCAGAAUUCCUCCAACAAUGUUUUUUUUUGCUGCAGAAUCCAGCACCUGCAGUCUCAUGUCUCUGUUGGACAGCAUUUUGCAUAUUGGCAGGAGGGGUGGGGGUGGUGAUUAAGUAGCUUUGCACUGGUGCUAAAGGCAAAUUAUUGCUCCACAGUUCCUAUAGAAAGUGAUAGAAGGUAAUAAUGAAAAGAUUUCACUCACAAAUCACUAUUCUUUGAAACUAUCUUUAAGAAACAAAGCUCAUGAACUUAAUAUCCAAUAUACAUCCAAUAGAGUUUGGCCAUCCUCCUAGCCCAAAAGACUCAAUAAUGGUUUCUCUUUGACUCAUGUUUAUUGCUUUCUUUCCGGAGUGACUAUGAAAGUGAAAUAUUUUGCUUCCUAGAGAUCAUUAUUAACAAAGGUUAAUAACAAUAUCUAAGCUCUGGACUCUAUAGAGGAGUAUCUAAUUUACUUAUGUCCAAAACUAUAGCUUUGAAUAAUGUUUCAGCUCUGCUUAUUACAUCUCUAUCAUCAGCAGGACACUAGCAGAAACUGUAAAAAUGAUUAUUAUUAAUAGUUUAGUCGAUUUCUCCAAAGAUCCUAAUGAUCUUCCACUGGAGAGCCCUCAGACAAGUACGUCCAAGAAAGCACUAGAUUGUGAAUUCUACAUAAGUGUUUAUAAAUUAAAAUGUGAUUUGCAUACUGAAGCUUUCAAUUGAAGAUCUAACUUUGUUGGAACUUUACAGCCUGGAAGUAAUAAAAUAGUAAUAUUUCUAAUCUGGGUUUAUAACUCCUCCCUUAUCUUUGAAGUAUACAUGGCCCCAUUUAUUGUCAGAGUUGGAUAAUCUGUUUCCAAUUCGACUGACUCUGCUGAUAAUGAUAAUGUAACCUAUGAAGUGAGAUGUGAUAUCCAUCCUGCACCUGGCAACAGGAACAAUGACAUCAGCUGGCUACCCCUGGUGAAAGUAAUCUUACCUCCACCUGCCACAUUAGACAGGACCCACCAUCUCAACUAAAGUUUGGGACAGGGUUAUUCAUUCCACUCCCAUUUCUGGAGGUAACUAAAAGAGAAAGUAAUGUGUUGCCUUCAGCUUAAUAAAAAGCAUGAAGAAACAGAUAUUAAAUCUGUCCCUGAUCACAAGCACUAAACUCAUAACAUAGUAGCAGCUGUACAUUGUGCUUCAGUUCCAAAAUUCAGUUCCACUGAAGUCAGAAGAAUUGACUUUCAGAAGAGGAAUACAGAACACGGACACUACCAUACUGCACAUUCAGUGUUGAUGGCCAAGGCUAAAUUCCUAACCCAAUUCAUUAAAACUCCUUUAGUAAUUAAACUGAAUUGCAUAGACUCCUCAUAAAUAGAUUUAAAUUAAUCUAAAGAAUAAAGCCAGAAUUAUCUUGCUAUGAGAACUAGAAAUAUUAUCUUCAGAAUGGCAUAUUUGAGAAUAAACUAUUUAGUUUAUAAAAUUUGACCCUCUUCUUCAACCAUUGCAGCCAAAUUGAGACUUUGAAUCUCAUCUGGGAUUUAGAACUACCAGCAUAAUCUGAGUAGACAAGGAUUUCUGGGAUAGGAAAAGUGGAAUGAUUAUGGAAACAGAUUCUGGGAGGAAGGUGAGGUCAGGGUAGGUGGGGAGUAGUCAGUCGACAGUUGUACCAGUGCUUUGCACCCUCACUUUAUAAAAUAAGGCCAGCAAGGUGAUGCCAGCUGCCGGAGUUCUCAUUAUCUUAUUACUGGCAGACUGAGGCUGUGCUCUACCAUAGCAUAAAGGCAUACAGAGUCUUCAUUGAGCAGAUGUGAAACCAAAAAAUUGUUUUGUGUCAUUUAACUAUCUGCUCUGAAAACAAACUAAUACUUUUAAAAUGAUUGUGGUUUGUGAGUGGAAUAUUUAUGAUUCUGGUAAUAAUUAAUCUUGCUUUAGAAGCCCAAAACAAUAGCAUUAUAUCUUUUUCUCAGCAUUAUUAUCACAUAAACCUUUAACUAUUGCUUUAAAAUUGUACACAUAAUGAUCGUGGCCAUCCAGGUUGAAUUACAAAAGACCAAGUAAAUUGAGUCUUAAAAUAUAGAAAAAUAGAUAAUUUAUAAAGACAUCCUCCAUUAUGAUUCAUUAUGCAGAAAGUGCUACAUCAAGAUUUCUUCAUAAUGCAAUAAUCUAUAAUUUAACACUACUGGUGGAAAAUGUAACUGUCAUUGGUUAUUAAUAAAAUAGAGAGCCAAAUUCUACUCUGAUCAUAAAAUAAAACCAAAAUUCUUAGGAAAGGAUAGCUCUUAUUGGAUGCUUUCCCUAACUCACCAUAAAACAUUUAUUUGAUUUUUUUUUCUGAACAUAAUCCUGCUCAUUUUUAUUAAUCAUUUAAUUGUAGAUAAUUUUAGUGUUAUGCCACAAUAAUUUGAUCCACUUAUCUUUAAGUUUUGUUGGCCAUGUUCUUCAAUUGCACACUUAAAAGAUGAAAGUAGUAAUAUUUUAAGGAAAUUUCAUAGCACAGAAUCAUACAGCUUUUUAAACUCCAAUUAAAUAAGUUACUCUAUUAGAGCAUGUCAUGACUAUUAGAUCAAAAGUCAGAUGUAUAAAGUACAUGUAAUGAAAAGUUAAUACCUGCAUCUUCACAGAGUGAGCUUCGAUCCACCAAUAAAAGUAGACAUUAGGGACCUUCCUCCUUGGACAAUUCAGGAAACUUGUAGGAAUGUCAAUCUCUACCGUUCCCACAAAGUUCUACUGAUUGGCUUAUAAUGCAGCAUUGGAAGAGUUCCACCUCUCACACUUUCCAUAUUGCCAAAGAAGUGCCUAGGAGAAAAUAAGGCUUACAAAUAUGCAGUAUAAAGCAAAGAUGAACAUUAACAAGUGGUAAGUUUAUGUAACUCUGCAGGAAUAUUACUAAAUUCAUUAUAUAUUUAUUACUGUUUAUUUUUAGAACACACUAAUUAAGUAGUUUUAAUUUAGCUUUAAUAGCAAGUUAGACAGGGAAACUAUUUGAAGCUUUUAACUGAGUUUGGUGGGAGAGUGAAAUUUUGACAUUGGCUUAUAGUGACUGUUUAGCUGCAAUGCUUUACUUGAAAAUUAAUCCUUUGCAGAGACUUGUUACCUGGAAACAUCUGAAAGUAUUGUGAACUCAAAAGCUUUGGAACCAACAGGUGGUUUGAUACUGUAAUGGUGGAAUAGCAGGUUUCUGUGGAUAGACAAGGUGAUGUACAAUAUUUCUCAAUAUAAUUUGUGUAUCUCAUCUUCACUACCCAGUUAUGAAGUCUGCUUCAAAAGUAUGUCCUCCUCAAUAUUUGAUUACUAAAUGACAACUCAGGAUGUCUUUCACAAUAGUUAUUUAAUUGCAUCAAGGUAUUUUGGGAACCUUUAGAUUUGUAUCUUUUGUGAUCUUUUUUCAGUUUCUUCUUUUAUUUUAUUUUCUGUCCA